AGAGACAGAGAGGAGGCAAGUGUGAGAAUUGAAGAAGAAAAAUGGCUUCGCUGACAGUGUUAUCGUCAUCGUCACCUUGGGUUUCGUGUGGAGGAGGGAGACAGACUUCCACUCCUUCAGCUUCGCUCACAUUCCUUUCCGGUUCAACAACAAGGAGCUCCGUUUCCUUGAACGCUGGGAACCGCCCCACCUCUGCUUCUGGGUUGCUUCAUUGCUCCUUUAUCCCCUCCUCUUCUUCUUCUUCCUCAUCUCUCUCUUUUCCUUCUUCAUUUUCAGGUUUGUCUUUGGGUUUGGAUUUGAAUUCUAGCAUUGGGGUUGGAAGAGAUAAAGGCCGCAGCCUAGUUGUGAGGGCUGGGAAGGCUGCUCUUUGUCUGACAAAGAGAAGCAGGUCGCGGAAAUCUCUGGCUCGGACUCAUGGCUUCCGCAGAAGGAUGAGAACCACCAGUGGUAGAGCAGUGUUGAAGCGCCGACGUGCCAAGGGACGGAAAGUCCUUUGCACAAAGUCCAAUCCCAACAGUGGGAAGCGUGGGUAACUGUUUCUCUUCUUGAUUCAGUUUCAGUAUGAAAAUGUGAUGAGAUGCUGAUGUCUAGUAGUUCAAAUAUGUGGACUUGAUGUCUAGUGGUUCAAGCUUAUGUGUAAUGAUGGCUAGUGUAAUAACACUGAUUUGGGAAUAUUUUUGUUAAUUGCAAUUUACUUCCUCUCA